AUGCUAAAUUUCGGCGGAAAUGGAAGGACCAGGCUAAGCGAAAUGAACGUCCUGCAAAACGAAAUGCAGGAGAUAAACAUAAACGACAGUGGCUCGAAGAACGACUACGACGAUAGCACGUACAAUGACGCGAGCACGUGCCACGAUAGCAACAUGGUGUGCAACGAGGGUGGCUGCUUUAAGGGAGAAUUUACCCCCAUAAGGAACGAUCACAGCAAUUCGUUUAGCGAGGGAACAGGUGUAACCGAGGAAGAAACGGAGGAGGAGUCAAGCGGGUACGAUGACAAGCAGUCAAAAGAAGUGCUCAAUUGCGAUUAUUGCAACAAGCAUGUGUACGCACAGGUGAAGACGUAUACCCCCCCCUUUGUGUACCUACUCGUAAUCAUUUUAUUUCUGCUGAUCUCUUUCUUCACCAUAUUUUUACUUCCUCUAUUGUACUUAACGUUUAAGCAAAAAAAAUACACGUGCCCGUACUGCGAGAAGAACUUAAAAUCGAGCGAAAAAUUAUUUCAAGUGAAGAGAGAAAAUCAAAUUUUAACUUUCCAAUUCCCCAAAUGUGCAAUAAUAAUUUCUGCGAAAUAUUUGGCCCUAUUUCUGUCGCUAAUUUUUUUAAUUUUUUUUUUUUACAUAAUAAGAAUUUCAAGCAAUUUUAAUUUGGACAAUCUAGCCAAGGGUCCCUACAUAACGGCUAGCUGGGUGGACUACCUGGAAGACUGUGGGCACAAAUCACAAUUAAGAAAUAAAUUCAACAGCAUACACAAUUUUAAAAGCAAAUAUGAUGGAUACACAGUCAUAUGGUCCGGUCAGUUUCAUCAAAUAAAGGAGGGUUUUUUUAAUAGCAAUUCUUUGUUCAUUCGAAUGAACCCUUCGGAAUAUCGCUACGACAAACCAGACAUCAGGGCCCUUUUCACGGACUCGCUAAUUUCCCAAGUGGAAAGUUUACAGAAAAAUGAUGUGAUCGAAUUUGAAUGUACUCUUAUACAGAUUAGCAAAAAUAAAAACCCCCAUCUGUGCAUCCUGUGGAACGUCACUUUGAUGGAAAAGUCCGAGCAGAGCAACUUCAAUGUGGUCGAUUUUGUGAAGCACCUCUCCAUCCUGGACAUGAUUAACAGCAGCUCCAACGCCAACCCGUUUUUCAUGAACCUCAGCAAUAAGGGCGGCGAGGUUAAGCGGUCCAUCAAGAUUGUGCGGCUGGCCCCGGGGGGGUUAAGCGGCGGUAUUGGAGGCAGUAUUAGCGGCGGGAUUGGCGGCGGGCUGGGGGAUGGCCUCUCCGACGGGGACCUGUUCGAGACGCCCAACCUGCUCCACUCCAACGACGAGUACGUCUUCAACUUUGGGGGAGGUGACCACAUUAAGCACAGCCCCACGGGGGUGGGAAGCGGCUCCAAUUUUACCUUCAUGCAGGAUGUGGGCUCAGGUGGGAAGUUCAGUCUUCGAGAUUUUGUAAACCGAAUGGGAAGCAAGAAAUCUGGGGUGGACUUUACAGACGAUGAGGAUGACGAAGAGGAAGAGGAGGAAGACUAUGACUAUGAUAGUGAGGGAGAGAAUGACUACGACGUGGACGACAUACAGGCUUUGAAUAAUGCGUAUGGGCACCACUCCGGUGGAAGCUUCGACCCCUUUAAUCGUGGCGAGUUCCGAGCGCAAGGCAAGAAGGACGGCGCGGAGAUGCCAUCCUUCCACAAGCUUAACCAUGGGGACGAUGGGGCGGGGCUCACCACCGAGGAGCGCGCGACGGAGUAUCAGCGGGAUGUGCACGAGGAGGGGGCGCCCGGGAAAGCGGCAGGGGGAGCGGCACUCGGGGGAGUAACUAACAGUGAAGCCCCUAGCAACAAAGAAGCGAACCACGCAUCUCCCAACAGUGAAGCCCCUAGCAACAAAGCGGCCAACCUCGCACCUCCCAACAGCGGGGGCGGCGAGAAAAGCACGCAGAAGGACCCCAGUGGGGGUGGCCCCAAGGACCCCCCCGCGAGUGAGAAGCGCGGCAGGAAGAUCGACCAGUUGGCAGGCGACAAAAAGGACAAAUGA